AUGCCUCACUCAUUCGGAAUUCGAUCGCGAACUAGAAAAAAGUAUUCUAAGGCGUUCAGACGCCAUGGAAUGUCAACUGUUGGUCGUUGUUUGCAAACUUUCAAACGUGGAGAAUACGUCGACAUUAUUUGCGAUCCAGCGCAACACCGCGGCAUGCCUCACUCAUUUUAUCACGGUAGAACUGGUAUAGUUUACAAUGUUGCCCCUAGGGCCUUGUCUGUUAUGGUUAGAAAAGUUGUGGGCAAUAGGGAAAUCCUUAAACGUAUAAACGUUCAUAUUGACCACGUGCGAAAAAGUCGUUGUAGGGAAGAUUUUAUUAAUCGCGUAAAGGCAAACGACCGGGCAAAGAAUGAGGCAAAGGCAAGGGGAGAAAGUGCUCCAUUAUGCAAGAGGCAACCAGCAGGCGUAUCUCCUGGGUAUAUUGUUAAGGCCGAUCCUAAUAGUAUAAUUACCAUGGAUGCCAUACCUUUUGUUGAAAAGUAUUAA